AGGGAAGGCCACCAACUGUCCCACCGCUUUUCGCCUAAAACUUAGUGGACAAUAGAUAAUCGAGUGUGCUAAAUCCGAAUAUCACAAUGAUUUUCCCCCACAUGUCUCUGGAGCCCCCGGUUUUUGAAAAACCAGGGUUUCAGAAACUCUAAAAAAUAUCUAAAACUUUUCUUAAUGACAUUCUCUGAUCAAAAUGAGAUAUCUCCCGGCUUUACAAUGGCCUUCCUUUGCAAAGUUAUAGAAUUUACACGAAAAGCCCAAAAUUAAUUUCUUUUUAUUUCUGUAGCUUUGGACUGAUAAUGAGCAUUUAGUGUUUUUCCUGGAAAUUCUUUUCGGUGGAACUUGUUCUCUUCUGUACGGUCAACCAUUCACUUUCCUAUGUGUGACCUAACUGCGUGCAAUAAUACUAGAAUUGUGAAACUUCAAAAACGUUUUCCUGAUCAUGAUUUUAAAUUUCUAAAUAAGCUUUUUUUGAAGUAUUUAAAUAAGUUUUCUAGUGUAAUCUUUAAAGUUGUCCCUCUGACUAUUGAAUAAUGAAUAAUUAUCACAUGUUUAGGACAAAUUUGGAGACAAAGAGUUAGAAAAAAAACUCAUAAUUAUAUUUCGAAUUUAUUUAUGUUUUAGAUCAACAAUUGUGUGAAUAUUAUAUGACUGUUGGUUUUAAUUCCAAUCUACGUACAGAUACAUUUAAACGAAAUCCAUUGAAUUUAGUUGUUGUUAUCGAUGUAAGUGGAUCAAUGUCAUCUUCAUUUGAUCGUUAUUAUUAUGACCGUCCAUUAGUCAACAAUACAGA